AUGAAUUUACCACUGAAUGCAUCUAAAAGUGAAUGCUCCAUAAAUGUUCCAGUUACAAUACUUAUUGGGAAAUACGAAUACGCAAUAUUGUUGAAUGUUAUCUUCAAUAUCGGGCUUACGUUCACAGCAGCUGUGGGAAACAUUUUGAUUAUUCUCAGUUUUAUGCUGGUUUCGUCUCUGCGUACAACAUCGAACUAUGUCCUGUUUGGAUUGGCCCUGACUGACCUUGGUGUCGGCCUUAUCGUUCACCCAUUGUAUAUACUGGUGUUAUAUCGAGUCUACAAAAAUGCCAUUCCUGAUUGUAAUAUCGUGACUGCCUACAGCAUAUCGACGACAUUUUUUGCGGGUGUCUCGCUGUUAUACAUCACAUUUAUUGGUUUAGAUCGAUUUCUGGCGAUUCGGCUGCAUUUGAGAUAUCCACUACUUGUCACCGAAAAACGAGUCAAGCUAGUGCAGUUGUCUAUCUGGGCGACUAACGCCUUACUUAGCUUGGUUUGGAUGGAAGGGUUCCAUGUGUAUUCAACUCUUGCAGCAGUUGUUAUAGCAAUUUCAUUGGUGGCUACAUUUGCAGUGUAUAUCAAAAUUUACCUGGUUGUGAGGCGCCAUAAAGCCCAAAUCCGCGAUCAAAUGGAAGCACAGAGCGAACAGAGCGAAACAAAUCGAUUGAAAAAACAAAGGAGAUCCGCAAUAAACACGUUCUACGUAUUUUUUGCCUUCUUGGUAUGCUACUUUCCCUUUUUCGUGACCACAGCUGUAAACAAGAUCUCUAGCGGUGCUCCAAACGUUAGUGUGGCUUUGAUAUACGAGUUCACUGUAACACUAAUGUUCUCCAACUCCUCUUUGAAUCCAGUAAUGUACUGUUUACGGCUUAGGGAUUUUCGAAUCGCCGUCAAGAGAACUUAUCGUCGCAUCUUUUGUCUGGAUGCUGCAAGCGAAUGA